UUACUUCCAGGCAAGGCUGAACUAGGGGGAAGAUUUUCUCUUUUAGAGCUCAAGUCUCUCUUCUUACAUGUUCACGUUUGAAAAGACUUGACUUUCUGAGAACUCAGAAGGGAUAGAAAGGCUGACAAGCAGAACAAGAGGAGGAUUUAUUUAUACACACUUUUUUUUUGUUCGAUUUGGGAGCACGUGGCAGCCGGUCCUGCCACUGAGCUCAUUCAGAAGUGAGGUCAUUCAGCAAAUUGUUCUCUAGAAGCAUAGCAGCUCCAGUUUUUUAUAUCACUCGACUGCCAGGAAGAGAGAAAAGACCAUGGUGGCUGGAAUGGUAAUGCCUUUGGAGGACCUGCGGGCCAUUUACGAACUGCUCUUUCGGGAUGGCGUGCUGGUUGCUAAGAAGGACAAGCGUCCCCAGACCAAGCACCCCGAGAUCCAGGCGGUCACCAACCUGCAGGUGAUGAGGGCCAUGGGCUCCCUGAAGUCCCGGGGGUAUGUGAGGGAGACCUUCGCCUGGAGACACUUCUACUGGUAUCUCACCAACGAGGGCAUUGUCUACCUGCGCGACUACCUGCGGCUGCCCCCCGAGAUCGUGCCCUCCUCCCUGCAGAGGGUCCGGCGCCCGGCAACCACCCUGAACAUCGCGCACCGGGCAGCGCGGGUCCAGACGGUGGAUGGGCCCAUCUCCUAUGCACCCAAGCCCAAUUCCAGGGUGGGGGCGGAGUCCCAAGAAUCGCUGAUGGACAGACAGGGCUACCGCCGAAAGAGGACGGCCGACGUCAACGAGGAAGUGCUGGCCGAGAGGAUGCCGAGGUUCAGGGGCCGCCCAAUGGCAGCUGAUAAGCCCAGGGCAUCAUGGGAGUUUGGGGCAGAGAGCCAGCCGGGCUUUAGGGAUGGUGAAGUACGCCCAAAGGAAGUGGGAUGGAUGAAGGAGGAGAGCCAGUUGAAGAGGACAUCUGCGGUUAAAUUCUCUCAGCCUCUUCCCGACGCCAAGGAUGGCAAACCUACCGCAGCGGUAACCUCGGAGAAGGUCUUUGGUAGAGGUCGAAAAGGGGCCGUAGAAAUGGCAGAAGUGCAAAAAAUCUCGGUGUCAAGAGAUGCAAAGUCCGUCAGCGAACAAACUGCCAGUAAAACAGCACUUCCAGCUGCCGCAGCACCGGCUAUGGCAGCAACGGCAGCAGCCGCUGUGGCUGUGGUGAUGGGCGCCACACCCACCAAGGAGGUAAAACAAAAGGCCAAGAAGGCAGAUGCAGUGAAGGUCGCCCAGGAGACCCCCAAGCCUUCACCAGACCCGGCCACCACUAAACCGGCAAUGGCAGCUAUUGGGGCGGAGUCUCCCCUCCUCACCGGGGAGGUGAAGGCCAAGAAAACCUCAGAAGUGAAGAUCGCAAGAGAACCUCUGAAAAAAGGAGUGAAAGAAGAUGUUACCACCGUACUGGCUCCAGCACCAAUGCUAACACCACCACAGUCUUCAGGCCCCAGUGGUGCCAAAAAUGGCCUAGAGGGGCAGGUUAUGAAAACCUCCAUGGUCAAAGUGGUGCACGCGGCCUCCAAACAGGCCAGUCCUGAACCAGCAGCAGGUGUCCAGGCAGUUGUAGGUAAAACGGAGGAGACGGCUGUCACUGUUGUGGUACAAAAGAAGGAAUUGAAGAUUGCCAAGACACAGAAGUCUCUGGAACUUUCAUCAGUACCCACCGAACCAGUGCUGUUGCCAGCCUCAGCUGCCUCUGCAGCCAACAAAGUCCCAGUUAAGAGCGAGAUUAAGAGUACCUUUGAAGAGAAGGUAACGCUGGAGCAGCCCGAUUCACCUUUGGCUAAAAUCCCAGCCAAAGUAACAGCUUCCACUGUGGUAGCACAGCGUGAAGCCUCUGACAACAAACCGACACAAGGAGCUCCACAAACCGCGAAAGAAAACACCGUUUCUAAGUCAGAACCUCCUGUAGAGGCUGCAGAACCCAUUCCUUCUAAGGGGGUGUCCUCAAGACAGGUGGCGCAGGGGACCCCUAAACUCUCUUUAGAAGUGAUCACGGCUGAACGAGCAGUACCUGUGAAGGCCGAGACCGCCGACGAAGUAAAGGUGACAGCCGUGGAGUUGACAGCGACAAAGACUUUCCAGACGAGCGCCACCAUUCCCGCACCCCUCCAGGAAACAGUGGCGAAGAUCCCUGUGGCGGAGUCCAUAACCUCUGCAGGGGGAGAGAAAGCAGAGCCGGGGAAGGCAGCUAAAGUGAGCGAGAGGGGGGAGACCCCCAUAAUUUCUGUCGAGGUCACUAAAACGGCAGCCCUUCCUGCUCCUGCAGAGAAGGCCCAGGCUGUGGAAAAGGGAGAGGCGCCUGCACCACCUGAAGUUUUGGCUAUAAAAAAUGCUCCGGGUCCCUCUCCCCUAACGGUCCCCUCUGCUCUGAUCACACCAUCUGCAGCUGUGAGAUCCCAAGCCUCUGCUCCCACCGACAAAGGGAAGGCGGAGCCUGCGGAGUUCACCGAGGAAAAUAUGAAGCAGGAGGUCCCAGAGCUAUCUUCCGAAAGCAAACCACCAGCGGCGGCAUUGGCAGCAGCAAAAGCAGCAGCUGGGGCUGACGCCAGCACACGAGCAGUGCAGGGAGGGCCCCCGUCACUCACUUCAGACUACGCGUCUCUUGCAGAACAGAAACAAGACAGAGGAGCUGAGCUUCACAAGGCCUCCGCAGACAGGCACCCCACACCCGCUGUCCAGCUUGCAACUGCCCCUGAGUCUGACCCGGAGUCUGAGUCCCUAGACCCGGCAGCCAUGAGGAAAAAGAUUGUGGUGGUGGAGGAGGUGAUCGAGGUCCAGCACCUCAAUGCCGCCCAGGCUUCUGAGUUCCAGCAGCAGGGGCAAAUCCUGCCACCGGACACCGACCUCGCCGGCCAGGACAUUGACAUCGACAUCCUGACGGAAUUAGCCCAGGAAAGAGCCGCGAAGGUGGAAGCCGAGGGGGGCCCCGGUGCCCCCUGUGUCUUCGCCGAACAGGACUGGGACCAUGACCUGGAGGAACCGGAAGAGAAGACCUGGCCAAACUUCAUAGAAGAUGAACGGGACCGGGUUCAGAAAAAGACCUUCACCAAAUGGGUCAACAAGCAUUUAAUUAAGCACUGGAGCGCUGAGUCUCAGCGCCAUGUGACUGACCUUUAUGAGGACCUGCGAGAUGGACACAACCUCAUCUCCCUGCUGGAGGUGCUCUCCGGGGAUACACUGCCGAGGGAGCGGGACGUUGUCAGGAACUUGCGGUUGCCCCGUGAGAAAGGACGAAUGCGCUUCCACAAACUUCAGAAUGUGCAGAUAGCACUGGACUUCCUGAAACACCGGCAGGUUAAGCUGGUGAACAUCAGGAAUGAUGACAUCGCCGAUGGGAAUCCCAAGCUGACCUUGGGGCUGAUAUGGACCAUCAUCCUUCACUUCCAGGUGUCAAAUGCUAUCUCAGAUAUCCAGGUGAACGGGCAGUCGGACGACAUGACAGCCAAGGAGAAGCUGCUGCUGUGGUCCCAGCGCAUGGCCGAGGGCUACCAGGGCAUCCGCUGCGACAACUUCACCACCAGCUGGAGGGAUGGCAAGCUGUUCAACGCCGUCAUCCACAAGCAUCAGCCCAGGCUCAUUGACAUGGGCAGGGUGUACCAGCAGUCCAACCUGGAGAAUCUGGAACAGGCUUUCAGUGUGGCUGAGAAGGACCUGGGGGUCACCCGGCUGCUGGAUCCUGAGGAUGUGGAUGUGCCACACCCAGACGAGAAGUCCAUCAUCACUUAUGUCUCCUCCCUGUACGACGCCAUGCCCCGUGUGCCUGACGUGCAGGAUGGUGUCAAAGCCAACGAGCUGGAGCUGCGAUGGCAGGAAUACUACGAGGUGGUCACCCUGCUGCUCCAGUGGAUCACACACCAUUCCAUCGUCUUUGAGGAGAGGAGGUUCCCCACCAGCUACGAGGAGAUUGAGAUUCUGUGGCGCCAGUUCCUGAAAUUCAAAGAGACUGAACUCCCAGCAAAGGAAUCGGACAAGAACCGCUCUAAGCACAUCUACAAAUCUUUGGAGGGUGCGGUCCAGGCCGGUCAGAUCAAAGUUCCCCCACGAUACCACCCCAUCGACGUUGAGAAAGAAUGGGGGCGUCUGCACGUGGCCAUUCUGGAAAGAGAGAGGCUGCUCAGGACAGAGUUUGAGAGAUUGGAGAGACUUCAGAGGAUUGUCAGUAAAGUCCAGAUGGAGUCAGGAGUGUGUGAGGAGCAGCUCAACCAGGUGGAGACACUGCUGCAGUCGGACAUUCGUCUGCUGAAUGCGGGGAAGCCUGCCAUGAACACUCGCGAGGUGGAUAAAGACCUGGACAAGGCCGACGGUAUGAUCAGGCUGCUCUUCAACGAUGUGCAGCUGCUCAAAGAUGGGCGACAUCUGCAAGCUGAGCAGAUGUACAGGAGGGUCUACCGCCUCCACGAGCGCCUGGUUAACCUGCGCACCGAGUACAACCUGCGGCUGAAGUCCGGCAUGACCACCACCGAGAUCACCAAGACGACCAUCUCCAUGGGAGGCCAGCAGUCCAGCAUGAAGAUGCGCCCCGAGCUGGACGAAGUGACGCUCCGCUACGUCCAGGACCUGCUGGCCUGGGUAGAGGAGAACCAGCGACGGAUCGAGACAGCCGAGUGGGGCUCCGACCUGCCCACUGUCGAGUCGCAGCUGGGCAGCCACAGGGGCCUGCACCAGACCAUCGAGGACUUCCGCUCCAAGAUCGAGCGCGCACGCGCCGACGAGAGCCAGCUGUCUCCUGUCAGUAAGGGGGCAUACAGAGACUAUCUGGGAAAGCUGGAUCAGCAAUAUGCUAAGCUGCUGAUCUCGUCCAAAUCUCGUCUUCGCCACCUGGACCAGCUCCAUGCUUUUGUCAUCGCUGCCACCAAGGAGCUCAUGUGGCUCAAUGAGAAGGAGGAGGAAGAGGUGCACUAUGACUGGAGUAACCGCAACACCAACAUGACCGCCAAGAAAGACAACUACUCGGGUCUUAUGCGCGAGCUGGAACUUAGGGAGAAGAAGGUGAAUGAGAUCCAGGCCACCGGCGAGAGGCUUCUGAAGGAGGGCCACCCGGGCAGGAAGACUGUGGAGGCAUUCACAGCUGCCCUGCAGACCCAGUGGAGCUGGAUCCUCCAGCUGUGCUGCUGCAUCGAAGCCCACCUCAAGGAGAACACCGCCUACUACCAGUUCUUUGCCGAUGUGAAAGAGGCAGAGGAGCGGUUGAAGAAGAUGCAGGAGAACAUGAGGAAGAAGUACACCUGCGACCGCUCUGUCACAGUCACCCGCCUGGAGGACCUGCUGCAGGAUGCCAUGGAAGAGAAGGAGCAGCUGAACGAGUUUAAGACUCAUAUCGCCGGCCUGAACAAGCGGGCCAAGACCAUCAUCCAGCUGAAGCCGCGUGACCCAGCAACGCCCCUCAAGGGCAAACUGCCAGUCCAGGCUGUCUGCGACUUCAAACAGAUGGAGAUUACAGUCCACAAGGGCGAGGAGUGCGCACUGCUGAAUAACUCCCAGCCCUACAAGUGGAAGGUCCUGAACAAGUCCGGAAAUGAGUCUGUGGUUCCGUCUGUUUGCUUCAUCAUCCCACCCGUUAAUAAGGAAGCCAUGGAUAGUGUGUCCAAUCUGGACGGAACUCACCAGAACGUGGUGUCCAUGUGGCAGAGGCUGCAUAUUGACCUGAGGAGCAUGCUGUCCUGGCAGUACCUGAUGAGGGACAUCCAGCAGGUCCGCUCCUGGAACAUCCUCAUGUUUAAGACCAUGAAGGUGGAGGAGUAUAAGAUAGUUCUGCGGAACCUGGAGCUGCACUACCAGGAAUUCAUGCGCGACAGCCAGGACUCUCAGCUGUUCGACGCAGACGACCGCAUGCAGAUCGAAGGCGACUACAACAAGUCCACACAGUACUACGACAACCUGAUGCGUUCGGUGGAGAAAGGCUCUGUCGUCAGCCCCCAAGGCGAAAAAGAUGAGUCCGUGUGCAAGAGCUACAUCAGCCAGAUCAAGGACCUGCGUCUACAGCUGGAGGACUGUGAGGCUCGAACUGUGAACCGGAUCCGCCAGCCCGUGGACAAGGACCCACUCAAGGACUGUGCCCAGAGGGCCUCCGAGCAGAAGAAAAUCCAGAUUGAGCUGGAGAGCAUCAAGAAGAACCUGGACAAGGUGGCGGAGAAGACGGAGGACAUCCUGGCCUCUCCACAGCAGUCCAGCUCCACCCCUAUUCUGCGCUCAGAGUUUGACAUCACCCUACAGAAGAUGGGCCACAUCUACAGCCUGUCCUCCAUCUAUCUGGACAAGCUGAAGACCAUUGAAUUGGUCAUCCGCAACACACAGGAAGCUGAAGACGUGCUGAAGACACAUGAGGACCGUCUGCGGGAGGUCAACAAGGUCCCCACUGACCUCAAGGAGGUGGAGACAUACCGUACACAGCUGAAGAAAAUGCGCGCUGAAGCAGAGGGCAAGCAGCCUGUGUUUGACGGCUUGGAGGACGAGGUGCGCAAGGCCACGACAGUGAGCGACCGCAUGUCCCGCGUCCACAGCGAGCGCGACAGUGAGCUGGACCACUACCGCCACCUGCUGGGCAGCCUGCAGGAGCGCUGGCAGGCCAUCUUCGCCCAGAUCGAUGUGCGCCAGCGCGAGCUGGAGCAGCUGGGCCGGCAGCUGGGCUACUACCGCGAGAGCUACGACUGGCUCAUUCGCUGGAUCGCUGACGCCAAGCAGCGCCAGGAGAAGAUCCAGGCCGUGCCCAUCAGCGACAGCAAGACCCUCAAGGAACAGCUGGCGCAGGAGAAGAAACUUCUGGAAGAGAUUGAGAAAAACAAAGAAAAGGUUGACGAGUGUCAGAAAUAUGCCAAGGGGUACAUUGAUGCCAUCAAGGAUUAUGAAUUGCAACUGGUGACAUACAAAGCUCUUGUGGAACCUUUGGCAUCCCCCCUGAAGAAGACCAAAAUGGAAUCUGCUUCAGAUAACAUCAUCCAGGAAUAUGUGACUCUGAGAACCCGCUACAGCGAGCUGAUGACUCUAACCAGCCAGUACAUCAAGUUCAUCACCGACACACAGCGCCGCCUGGAGGACGAGGAGAAAGCUGCAGAAAAACUUAAAGAGGAAGAGAGGAAAAAGAUGGCGGAUAUGCAGGCUGAGUUAGACAAACAGAAGCAGUUAGCUGAGGCUCACGCAAAAGCUAUUGCAAAAGCAGAGAAAGAGGCCCAGGAGCUGAAGCUGAAAAUGCAGGAAGAGGUUAGCAAGCGGGAGGUUGUUGCUGUGGAUGCCGCGAAGCAAAAGCAAAAUAUCCAGCAGGAGCUGCAUGAGCUCAAGAACCUCUCUGAGCAGCAGAUCCAAUCUAAGAGCCAGCAAGUGGAGGAGGCCCUGCAUUACCGCACUAAAAUUGAGGAGGAGAUACGUAUCAUCAGGCUCCAGUUGGAGACCACAGUCAAGCAGAAAGGCACUGCCGAGUCUGAGCUCCAGAAGCUCAGGGAGAGGGCAGAUGAGGCUGAGCGCCUAAGGAAAAUCGCCCAGGAGGAGGCAGAGAAGCUCCGCAAGCAGGUGAAUGAGGAGACCCAGAAGAAGCGCAAGGCUGAAGAAGAGCUGAAGCUGAAGUCAGAGGCAGAGAAGGAGGCUGCCAGGCAGAAGCAGAAAGCCCUAGAUGACCUGAACAAGCUCAAGAUGGAGGCUGAGGAGGCGGAGCGGCGCAUGAAGCAGGCUGAGAUGGAGAAGGAGCGUCAAAUCAAAGUGGCCCAAGACGUGGCACAGAAGACUGCUGCCGCUGAGCUCCAGAGUAAGCGCAUGUCAUAUGCCGAGAAGACCACCAAGUUAGAAGAAUCCCUCAAGCAAGAGCACGGCACUGUCAUCCAGCUGCAGGAAGAAGCAGCGCGCCUUAAGAAGCAGCAAGAAGAUGCUGAAAAGGCGAGAGAGGAAGCAGAAAAGGAGCUGGAGAAAUGGAGGCAGAAGGCUAAUGAGGCCCUUCGUUUAAGACUCCAAGCUGAGGAGGAGGCUCACAAGAAGUCCCUUGCUCAGGAGGAGGCGGAGAAACAGAAGGAUGAAGCCGACCGGGAGGCUAAGAAGAGGACUAAAGCUGAGGAGUUGGCCCUGAAGCAGAAAGAGACAGCAGAGAAAGAGCUGGAGAAGCAGAGGAAGCUGGCUGAGGGCACUGCACAACAGAAACUCUCAGCAGAGCAGGAGCUCAUCCGUCUGAGGGCAGACUUUGACCAUGCAGAGCAGCAGAGGUCUCUACUGGAAGACGAACUUUCCCGCCUCAAAAAUGAGGUCAGCGCCGCCGUCAAACAGAGGAUGCAGUUGGAAGAGGAACUUGCUAAAAUGAAGAAGGAAAUGGAAUCCCUCCUGGCACAGAAGUCCAAGGCUGAAAAGGAGUCCAGGUCCAACACUGAGAAAAGCAAACAACUCCUUGAGACUGAAGUGGCAAAGAUGAGGGACCUGGCUGAAGAGGCAGCAAAGAUGAGAGCAAUUGCUGAAGAAGCAAAAAAGCAGAGGCAAGUGGCAGAAGAGGAAGCAGCUCACCAGAGAGCGGAAGCUGAGCGAAUCCUCAAAGAAAAGCUGGCUGCCAUCAAUGAAGCCACCCGUUUGAAAACCGAGGCUGAGAUUGCCCUCAAAGAGAAAGAGGCAGAGAAUGAGAGACUGAGAAGGCAGGCUGAAGCUGAAACUUACCAGAGGAAGGCACUGGAAGAUCAGGCUAGCCAGCACAAGCAGGACAUUGAAGAAAAGAUCAACCUGCUCAAGAAGUCUUCUGACACUGAAUUGGAAAGGCAGAAAACUAUCGUGGAGGAAACCCUUAAGCAGCGUAGAAUUGUUGAAGAGGAAAUUCGCAUCCUCAAGCUCAACUUUGAGAAGGCCUCCUCAGGCAAACUGGACCUUGAGCUGGAGCUGAACAAACUAAAAAACAUGGCAGACGAGACGCAGCAAAGCAAAAUCCAGGCUGAAAAGGAAGUUGAGAAAUUCCGAAAGCUAGCUCUGGAGGAGGAGAAUAAGAGAAAACAGGCUGAGGAGAAAGUAAAAAAGAUUGCUGCUGCUGAAGAGGAAGCUGCUCGCCAGCGCAAGGUUGCUCAGGAUGAGGUGGAACGCCUUAAAAAGAAGGCUGAAGAAGCCAAAAAGCAAAAAGAGGAUGCUGACAAGGAGGCAGAGAAGCACAUCGUUUUAGCUAAAGAGGCUGCACAGAAAUGCAGUGCUGCACAGCAGCAAGUUCAGAGUGUCCGUGAUCAGCAGAAGGAAGACAGUAUCAAGAUGAAGGAGGACUUUGAGAAAGCCAAAAAGCUGGCGAAAGAGGCAGAGGCUGCCAAAGAAAAAGCUGAAAGAGAGGCUGCUCUCCUUCGUCAACAAGCAGAGGAAGCAGAGCGUCAGAAGCAAGCUGCUGAAGAGGAAGCCGCCAAACGAGCCAAAGCUCAGGAAGAUGCUGAGCGACUGAGGAAGGAAGCUGAGUUUGAGGCUGCCAAGCGGGCCCAAGCUGAAGCAGCAGCUUUGAAACAAAAGCAGCAGGCAGAUGCAGAGAUGGCCAAGCACAAGCAGCUGGUGGAGAAAACACUGAAACAGAAGUCACAGGUCGAGAAGGAGCUGACUGUGGUGAAACUACAGCUGGAUGAGACAGACAAGCAGAAGUCUCUGCUUGAUGAAGAGCUGCAGCGCCUCAAAGACGAGGUCACUGAUGCAGUCAAGCAAAAGGCCCAAGUGGAGGAUGAGCUGUUCAAAGUCAAGAUCCAAAUGGAGGAGCUGAUGAAGCUGAAGCUCAGGAUUGAGGAUGAGAACAGGCGGCUGAUCAAGAAAGACAAGGACAACAUGCAGAAGUUCUUGGAAGAGGAAGCAGAGAACAUGAAAAAGCUGGCCGAGGAUGCCGCCCGCCUCAGUGUAGAGGCCCAGGAGGCUGCUCGAAUGAGGCAGAUUGCUGAGUCUGAUCUUGCCCAGCAGAGGGCACUUGCUGAGAAAAUGCUUAAGGAGAAAAUGCAAGCCAUUCAAGAGGCUUCGAAGCUAAAAGCUGAAGCAGAGAUGCUCCAGAAACAGAAAGACCUGGCUCAGGAGCAGGCUCAGAAACUUCUUGAGGACAAACAACUCAUGCAGCAGCGCUUGGAGGAGGAGACCGAAGGUUUCCAGAAGUCCCUAGAGGCUGAACGCAAGAGGCAGCUAGAGAUCACAGCCGAGGCAGAGAAGCUCAAGCUUAGGGUGUCUCAGCUCAGCAGCGCCCAAUCCAAAGCAGAAGAGGAGGCUAAGAAAUACAAGAAACAGGCAGAUGAGAUCAGUGCUCGUCUCCAUGAAACAGAGCUUUCCACAAAAGAGAAGAUCACAGCAGUGGAGAGACUGGAAGUGCAGAGAGUACACAGCAGCAAUGAGGCAGAUGAGCUGCGAAAAGCCAUCACUGAGCUUGAAAAAGAAAAGGAGAAGCUGAAAAGGGAGGCUGCAGAUUUACAGAAUAAGUCUAAAGAGAUGGCUACUGCUCAGCAGGAACAAAUUAAACAGGAAAAGACAAUCCUCCAGCAGACUUUCAUAACCGAAAAGGAAAUGCUGUUGAAGAAAGAAAAGCUCAUCGAGGAUGAGAAAAAGAAGCUGGAAAAACAGUUUGAGGAUGAGGUCAACAAAGCUAAAGCCCUCAAGGAUGAACAGGAGCGGCAGAAGAAGGCCAUGGAAGAGGAACGGAAAAAACUGCAAGCCACCAUGGAUGCGGCCCUCAAGAAGCAGAAAGAGGCUGAGGAGGAGAUGCGCAACAAGCAGAAAGAGAUGCAAGACCUUGAGAAGAAAAGGCUUGAGCAGGAGAAACUGCUUGCUGAGGAGAACAAGAAGCUACGCGAGAAACUACAGCAGCUCCAGGUCACGCAGGAGGCACCAACAUCCCAUACACGUGAGAUUGAGAUCCAGACCGAUGCAGUUCCUGAGGGCGAGCUCGUUCACAGCACUAUGGUUGGGACAUCAAUGUCAGUCCCCAAUGGCCAGGGUGCUACAGAUGAUGUUGACAGCCAAAAAAGAAAUGGAGAAUCACCAUUUGCUUUUGAUGGCAUUCGUGAGAAGGUGCCUGCCAGUAGGCUGUAUGAAAUAGGCUUGUUGAGCAAGAAAGAGUAUGAUAAGUUGAAGAAGGGCAAAACUACUGUGCACGACCUGAGUCAGACUGACAAACUAAAAACAUAUCUGAAAGGCAAGAACUGCAUUGGUGGAGUCUUACUGGAUCCCAACAAUAAAAUGAGCAUCUAUCAAGCCAUGAAGGAGAAGAAAUUAACUCCUGGAUCUGCAGUGGUGCUCCUUGAAGCUCAAGCAGCUUCUGGGUAUGUCAUUGACCCAGUAAAGAAUAAGAAGCUUUCUGUCAACGAAGCUGUGAAAGAGGGACUGCUUGGACCUGAACUGCAUAAUAAAUUGCUUUCUGCUGAAAAGGCAGUCACCGGUUAUAAAGAUCCUUACUCAGGGGGCAAAAUCUCUCUCUUUGAAGCAAUGAAGAAAAACCUCAUUGUCCGAGACCACGCCAUCCGACUGCUUGAAGCACAGAUAGCAACUGGAGGAAUAAUUGAUCCAGUCAAUAGUCACCGUUUGCCCAUUGAAACAGCUUACAAGCAGGGACAAUUUGAUGCAGAGAUGUACAAAAUUCUGUCAGACCCUUCAGAUGACACAAAAGGAUUCUUCGAUCCAAACACUCAGGAGAACCUCACGUACCAGCAGUUAAUGGACCGGUGUGUCACAGAUCCAGAAACAGGUGUGGUCCUCCUGCCUAUCACAGAGAAAGCUGCACAAAGUGAAAGGUCAUACACUGAUGAAGAAACAAAGGAUGUGUUCAACAAGACUACAGUUUCUGUACCAUUUGGAAGAUUCAAGGGAAAGACAAUCACAAUCUGGGAAAUCAUUAAUUCUGAGUACUUUACCGAGGAACAGAGAAAGGACCUGAUCCGACAAUAUAGGACUGGAAAAAUCACAGUUGAAAAAAUAAUCAAGAUUGUUAUUACUGUGGCGGAGGAAAAAGAGAAAAAGAAAGAAAUUGCAUUUGACGGUCUGAGAGCACCUGUUCCUGCCACUGAACUUUUGGAGUCUAAGAUUAUUGACAAAGACCUUUACAAUAAACUGCACAAGGGUAACAAAUCAGUUAAAGAAGUAUCUGAACUUGAGCCAGUUAAGAAGGCCUUGAAGGGUACAAACUGUAUUGCUGGAGUUAUUAUUGAGUCAAGCAAAGAGAAAAUGCCUCUGUACCAAGCCAUGAAGAAAGAUUUGCUGAGAAAAGAGCCUGCAUUACAUUUGCUGGAAGCACAAGCUGGAACUGGUUUUAUCAUUGACCCAGUCUCAAAUCAAAAACUCACUGUGGAUGAGGCUGUCAAAGCAGGUGUUGUUGGUCCUGAGCUGCAUGAAAAACUACUGUCUGCUGAGAGAGCUGUCACUGGAUACAAAGAUCCCUACACUGGAAAGACUGUCUCUCUGUUUGAAGCAAUGCAGAAGGAACUCAUCAACAAGGACCAAGCCAUCCGUCUUCUUGAAGCUCAGGUGGCAACAGGAGGAAUCAUUGACCCGGUGAAAAGCCAUCGCAUCCCAGAUGAUGUUGCCUACAAACGAGGCUACUAUGAUGAAGACAUGAAUCAGAUCCUGAGCAACCCAACAGAUGACACCAAGUGCUUCUUUGACCCCAAUACUCAGGAAAAUGUCACAUACUCUCAACUCCUAAACAAGUGUGUGACAGACAAAACAACUGGUCUUCAGCUUCUUCCCUUGUCAGAGAAAGCUAUCAAUGCAAAGGAGGAGACUACCUACACUGAAGUUCAGACUAAAGAGGUAUUGAACCAGACAACAGUGGAGUUAGACUCUGGACCCUUCAAAGGAAGAAAAGUAACCAUCUGGGAGAUCAUCAACUCAGAAUACUUAACAGAAGAACAAAGACUUGAGCUGAUUAGACAAUACAGAACCGGUAAAGUGACAAUUGAAAAGAUUGUAAAGAUUGUAAUUACAAUCAUUAAUGAGAAAGAGAGCAAAAAGCAAGACCAAGCCAACUUAAAGGGACUUCGAGCUCCAGUUCCUGCCAGCUCACUGCUCAGCUCCAAAAUUAUUGAUAAACCCACUUUUGAUCAGCUGCAACAAGGCAAAAAGACACCAAAAGAAAUCAGUGAAGUUGAUUCGGUGAAGAAGUAUUUGCAGGGCACUGACAGCAUUGCAGGCAUCUUUGUUGAGCCAACCAAAGAAAAAAUGAGCAUUUAUCAAGCUAUGAAGAAGAAACUUCUGAGGCAAAACACAGGCCUUUCUUUGCUGGAAGCUCAAGCAGCCACUGGGUUCAUUGUUGAUCCAGUCAAGAAUCAGUGUCUCACAGUGGACGAGGCUGUUAAAGCAAGUAUUGUUGGUCCAGAGCUUCAUGAAAAACUUCUCUCUGCUGAAAAGGCAGUGACUGGUUAUCAUGACCCUUAUACCGGUGAGAAGAUCUCCAUCUUCCAGGCCAUGCAGAAGGAACUCAUUCCAAAGGAGCAUGCAAUGCCGCUCCUGGAAGCUCAGGUAGUCUCAGGAGGAAUCAUUGACCCAGUUAACAGUCACCGCCUACCCAUUGAUGUAGCCUUUCAGCGUGGCUUUUUAAACAAAAAGACAGCAGAUACCCUUGCUGAGCCUUCUGAUGAAACAAAAGCCUUCUCUGAUCCAAACACCGAUGAGAGUGUGACUUACAAACAACUGAAAGAGAGGUGCAUGAGGGAUCCUGGAACAGGUCUUUGUUUUGUACCCCUCUCAAAACCUCAGGCUCCAACUGUGGUGGAAAAGACCUACCUGUACACUGAGGAGCAAACCCAGAAUGACCUGUCAAGCACUCAAGUUGAUAUCCCACAUGAAAGCUUUGCUGGACAGUCUAUGUCCCUCUGGGAUGUCAUGAACUCCAACCUUCUUCCUGAGGAAGAAAGGCUGAAGCUCCUUGAAGAAUACCGUGCAGGUAAAAUCACAAAGGAGCGCAUGAUCAUCAUCAUCAUUGAAAUAAUGGAGCAAAGAGAGAUCAUUAAGACUGAGCGUACAAUGACAUGUGACAUGAUCAGACGAAGAGUUACCAUUGAAGAGCUGUACAGCGCUCGCAUAAUUGACUUGGAAACCUACAACUUGCUGAAACAAGAAAAGAAAACCAUUCGGGAGGUAAUGGAAAUGCCAAAUGUGAAGAAGUACCUGUUUGGCACAGGUAGCAUUGCUGGUGUGAUGGCUGACUCUUCCUCCAAGAUAGGGCUUUAUCACGCAAUGAAGAGAGGGCUUUUGAAACCUGAAAUUGCCCUCAGCCUACUGGAGGCACAGGCUGCAACAGGUUUCAUCAUUGAUCCAGUGAGGAAUGAAAUGCUCACAGUAGACGAGGCUGUCCGCAAGAAUGUAGUGGGUCCAGAAAUCCACGAUAAGCUUCUGUCAGCUGAGAGAGCAGUCACUGGUUACAGGGAUCCUUACAGUGGCAAAAUUAUUUCAAUUUUCCAAGCAAUGAAAAAAGCCCUAAUUCCAGAAGAGUAUGCCCUCAAGCUGUUGGAUGCCCAGGCUGCCACUGGUGGCAUCAUGGAUCCAGAAUUCAAUUUCCACCUUCCUACAGAUGUUGCCAUCCAGCGUGGAUACAUCAACAAAGAAACAAAUGAAAAGCUCUCUGGUGACUUGCAGGAAUAUGUAGAUCCCAUGACCGAAGAAAAAAUGUCUUAUGCACAGCUGCUUAAGAGAUGCAAGGUUGAUGGUGACAGCGGUAUGCGCUUGCUUUCACUGGCAGACAGGAGGCUGCUGUUCAAGGGUCUAAGAAAACAAAUCACUAUGGAAGAACUGAUCCGUUCUCAGAUCAUAGAUCAAAAGACAGUCGCACAACUUAAUGAAGGUCUGAUUACAGUGGAAGAAGUGAGCAGAACCCUCCAGAAGUACCUUGAAGGUACUAGCUGCAUUUCUGGAGUUUUUAUUGAGUCAAAUAAAGACCGUUUGUCAAUUUACCAAGCAAUGAAGAAGAACAUGAUUCGGCCAGGAACAGCAUUUGAAUUGCUGGAAGCUCAAGCAGCCACAGGGUAUGUGAUAGAUCCAAUAAAGAAUCUCAAAUUGACUGUUAAUGAGGCUGUAAGGAUGGGAAUUGUGGGGCCAGAGUUCAAAGACAAACUUCUUUCUGCUGAGCGAGCUGUGACUGGAUACAGAGACCCUUAUUCGGGCAAGACCAUUUCCCUUUUCCAGGCAAUGAAAAAGGGUCUUAUCCUGAAAGACCACGGGAUUCGUCUACUGGAGGCUCAGAUUGCCACAGGUGGAAUCAUUGACCCUGAGGAGAGUCACCGCUUGCCAGUUGAGAUUGCCUAUAAGCGUGGCCUCUUUGAUGAAGAGAUGAAUGAAAUUCUUACUGACCCAUCUGAUGACACCAAGGGCUUCUUUGACCCAAACACUGAGGAAAACCUGACCUACCUGCAACUGAUGGAGAGAUGCAUCACUGACCCAGAAACUGGACUUGUGCUUUUGCUUCUGAAGGAGAAGAAGCGUGAGAGGAAGACAUCUUCCAAAUCCUCUGUUCGCAAACGCAGAGUAGUCAUUGUAGAUCCAGAGACCGGCAAAGAGAUGUCUGUGUAUGAGGCAUACCGCAAAGGGCUCAUUGACCAUCAGACCUACCUGGAACUUGCGGAGCAGGAGUGUGAGUGGGAAGAAAUCACAAUAACAUCCUCUGAUGGUGUGGUGAAGUCCAUGAUCAUUGAUAGGAGGUCUGGACGGCAGUAUGACAUUGACGAUGCCCUUGCAAAAGCCCUCAUUGAUAAGUCUUCUUUGGAGCAAUACCGUGCUGGUACCCUAUCUAUCACGGAAUUUGCUGACAUGUUGUCUGGGAACAUGGGUGGCAUCCGUUCUAGGUCAUCCUCAUUUGGCUCAACUUCAUCAUAUCCCAUGAGCCCUAUUCCCUCCCUCAAAACUCCUGCCACCAUAUGGAAUGACCCAUCAGAAGAGACAGGUCCUGUGGCAGGCAUACUGGAUACAGACACCCUAGAGAAGGUGACCAUUACUGAAGCUAUGCAUCGGAAUCUCGUAGACAACAUCACUGGUCAAAGGCUGCUUGAAGCUCAGGCCUGCACUGGUGGCAUCAUUGACCCCAGCACAGGAGAAAAGUUCUCUGUUGCUGAUGCAGUCAAUAAAGGACUUGUUGACAAGAUCAUGGUUGAUCGCAUCAACCUAGCUCAGAAGGCUUACAAUGGGUUUGAAGACCCCAGAACCAAAACCAGAAUGUCUGCUGCUCAAGCCUUAAAGAAGGGCUGGCUCUACUAUGAAGCCGGUCAGCGCUUCUUGGAAGUUCAGUAUCUCACUGGUGGACUGAUAGAGCCAGACAUCCCAGGCAGAGUCACCAUAGAUGACGCUAUUAAGAAGGGUACACUGGAUGCACGCACUGCCCAGAAGCUGAGAGAUGUGAGCGCUUACACAAAAUACCUGACUUGCCCCAAAACCAAACUGAAAAUAUCCUACAAAGAUGCCAUGGACAGAAGCAUGAUUGAAGAAGGAUCUAGCCUACGUCUACUGGAGGCCUCCUCCACCUCAAGCAAAGGCCUUUACAGUCCCUACAAUGUCAGUGGUUCUGGGUCAACCUCCGGCUCCCGGUCUGGAUCUAGGACUGGCUCCAGAUCAGGCUCCAGACGAGGCAGUUUUGACGCAACUGGUUCUGGUUUCACCAUGAACUUAUCUUCAUCCACCUACAGUUCCACCAGCUAUGGCCGUCGUUAUGAUGCUGGGCCACACAGUGGACUGAAUAUGGAUCAGCUAAUGCUGGCUCUCACAGCAGUCAAAAUGAGCAGAACCUGUGGCUCAGAGGAAAGAGCAAUCUUCACCACAACACUACCAAUGCACUCCCCAGUUGCAUAAUUCAAAGUAAAAGAAGUUCUUAAAAAGCAAAAAAACAAAAAAAAAAGGAAAAAAAUAUUAUUUAUUCUGCUCUGCAUGUGGUUGCAUUUUUAAACUGCAGUGACAAGUCAAACUGCUGUACUGCUGGAAAUAGUUUCAUGGACAUAGUUAUUUUAUUUGGUGUGGAUAUUCAGAGCUAAAUCUUUAUCUGUCUAACCUAUGUUUUAAAAAAAUUCUGAGAAAAUUUUUAUAGUUUAACUUUACAGCCAUUUUAAUCCAUUAUAGAGUAUGAGUGCAUUGUUUUUAAGUGCAAGAACCUUGCAAAUCUUUUUAAUUUCUUAUUUAAUUACUACUUUCUAAUACUUAAAUUGCCAAGUUGACGUCAUUUCAUUUUUAUUGCAGUUGAGCUUAAAAGGUAAUGUAUAAAUAGCAAGCGAAAAUAGGUAUUUUCCAAACUUCAUGUGUCAUCUCUUUUGUUGAUUUACAGUGUUUUUCUUUCUUUUUUGAAUUUAUUGAAGAGAAUAGUCCACAAUAUAUGCCAAGAUAAAAUAUAAAAUUGCUGUUUACUAGAGUAAAAUUAUAUAUAUAUGGCUUCAUAUUUCUAAAUAUGUGUAUAGGUGUCUCAUCAUAAUCAUUUUACAAAGUGGAAAUUAUUAUCUGGAAAAGUAUAAAACAAUUAUUUGCUUGCUAUCUGCAGAGCAGAAUAAAAAAUAAGAUGGAAAAGUAUAAAAACACUACACUUACACUACACUGGAAGAAAACUAAAGCUUCAAGAUUCUAGAAUUUUUUGCAACUUUCUUAUACUGCCAGUAACCACAUCCCCUGAGCAAAACUUGCAUCAGAUGCCACCCCAUCUAAAUCUUGAUUACCACUAAACAGUGUGCACAUAGUGAGAAACCCUCCUCAGAAGACCAUACUGUCAUUCCCAUUUUCCACAAAA